UUUCUACAAGUCGGCUUAUUUGACAAGAUAGUAAAUGGGUGUAAAUAAUCGGCAUUUUCGGUCUGUUUAUUUCUGUGAAUUUAGGAAUAUUCGGGUCAGCGCGUAAAGUGCAAUUAUGGCCGAAUCGGCUCCAGAAAAAGAAUCGGAGGUGAAAACUGUAGCAGACAUUCUAAAACUGCCUGGAAAUGGAGAGUUAAAAUUCGGAUUGUUGAUAGGCUUGAUCAAAGUGAAACAGGUAUCAAAUAAAGAUGUUGUCGACACCGUCCUCUUCUUGUUGGUUGGAGGAGAAUUUGAGAUUGAAACCAACUUUGUUAUACAAGAACCACAGAACAUACUUCUUAUGUUAAAAUUAUUGAACGUCUGUGAAGCAACAUUACAGGCUGAAAUAUGGAGUGUUUUUACCGCAAUGUUGAAAAAGAGCAGAAGAAAUCUACAUGCAUGUACAGAAGUAGAAUUAAUAGGGGUCACAUUGGAUCUACUUCAAGAUGCCGAAGAAAUGAUAGCAGAUAUAUUAAUAGAGAUGUUAGGAGCGUUAGCUGCCUACAGUAUCACAGUCAAAGAAUUAAAAGAUCUCUUUGGUAUUUUAAAAGCUAAAGAUGGAAAAUGGCAACAUCAUUCUGUAAAAUUGUUGUCUGUUUUACGUCAGAUGCCACAGAGACAUGGACCUGAUGAAUUUUUCAGUUUUCCUGGAAAAAAAGGCUCACAUAUUGCUCUACCACCUAUAAAAACCUGGCCCUAUGUCAAUGGUUGGACGUUCUCUUGCUGGUUGCGUUUAGACCCUGUAACUGGUGUUACUGUUGAACAAGAAAAACCCUAUCUCUAUUGUUUCCGAACUAGUAAAGGGGUUGGUUAUUCGGCUCAUUUUGUUGGUGAAUCCCUGGUUAUAACUUCUAUGAAAGUAAAAGGGAAAGGUUUUCAACAUUGUGUUAAAUAUGAGUUUUUACCAAGAAAGUGGUAUAUGAUAACUGUUUCCCAUAUCUAUAAUCGAUGGAGUAAAUCAGAAAUUAAAUGUUAUGUCGAUGGUGUUCAAGUAUCCACAACGGACAUGUCAUGGUUGGUCAGCACCAGCGAUCCAUUUGAUAAAUGUGUAUUAGGAGCUACUAGUGAUGGUGAUGUUGAUAAUAUGUUCUGUGGACAGUUAUCAACCGUUUAUCUAUUCAGUGAGGCUCUGCUCCCACAACAUGUACUGGCUAUUUACCAACUGGGACCAGGACAUAAGAGUCAAUUCCGUUUUGAGAAUGAAAGUUUAACAAGUGUAGCUGAAGUACAUAAACGGGUACUAUAUGAUGGUAAAUUAACGUCCACUAUAGUAUUUAUGUAUAAUCCUAUUGCUUGUGACAGUCAACUGUGUUUAGAAUCAUCACCUAAAGGAAACCCAUCUCAUUUUGUCCAUUCACCACAUGCUCUUAUGUCAGGGGAUGUUAAAGCAGUUGUUACCCAUUCCAUUCACAGUACUCUACAUUCUUUAGGUGGUGUACAGACAUUAUUUCCCUUGUUUGGUCAGUUAGAUUUACCUGUUGAUUCUGGUAAAGAAGAUACAACUGUAGUGAAUACCAAUACCUGUGCUAACUUAAUGGGAUUAUUAUGCGAUCUGAUAGAAAGUUCAUCCAAUAUACAGCAACAGUUAUUACAAAAUAAAGGAUUUCUUGUUAUAUCAUAUUUACUAGAAAAGUCAUCAAGAGAUCACAUAACUCCUGCUGUAUUAGAAGCAUUUUUAAAAUUAACAAAAUAUUUAGUGGAAUUACCUACAGGUGGAGCUCUGUUGAAACAUUUGUUUGAUCACAUACUCUUUAAUCCUACAUUAUGGAUCCAUGCGUCUGUAGAGGUUCAGACUAAGCUAUAUUGUUACCUAGCAACAGAAUUUAUCAAUGAUGCUCAGAUAUAUAACAGUAUCAGACGUGUUAGCGCUGUAUUACAGACCAUGCAUACUCUUAAAUUCUACUACUGGGUCGUUAAUCCACAAAACAGGAGUGGUAUAACACCAAAAGGAACAGAUGGUCCGAGGCCCACAAGAGAUGAAAUAGUUAAAUUAAGAUCCUUUAUGUUACUGUAUGUAAAAGAAUUAAUAUUAAAAGGCCAUGGAAUUCUAGAGGAUGAAUUACAAAGUAUGCUCAAUUACCUUACAACGUUACAUGAGGAUGAUAAUUUAGUUGAUGUAUUAGAAUUACUGGUGCAACUAAUGGCUGAACAUCCUGCUUCAAUGGUUCCAGCAUUUGAUAGAAAACAAGGUGUUAGAACUGUAUUUAAAUUAUUAGCCUCGGAAAGUGAAUCAUUAAGACUUCAUACUCUGAAACUGUUGGGAUUUUUCUUAAUGAGAAGUACACACAGACGGAAACAAGACAGUAUGUCACCACAUAACCUCUUCUCUCUGGUUGGGGAACGUCUGAUGUUAAAUGCCAAUCAGAUCACCAUGUCUGUGUAUCAACAACUUAUAGAGACACUGACUGAGAGAUUAACACUAGAGAUUAGUACAAAUAAUAGACCAGAACCAGAAUCUCAUCAUAAAAUAGAAAACUCAGCCAUAUUAAAAGUCAUAGCAACGAUGAUUCGUCAAUCGAAACAAAGUACUGCUGUUAUGGAAGUAAAGAAAACAUUCCUAUCAGAUCUUACCAUACUGUGUAAUAAUAAUAAAGAAAAUAGAAGAACUGUGUUACAAAUGUCUGUAUGGCAAGAUUGGUUGUUCUCCAUGGCCUACAUUUACCCUAAAAACAGUGAGCAACAACGUGUAACAGAUAUGGUGAUGGCUUUGUUCCGUAUGCUACUACAUCAUGCCAUUAAGUUUGAGUUUGGUGGAUGGAGAGUAUGGAUUGAUACUCUCGCCAUUUUACAUUCCAAGGUUGCAUAUGAAGAUUUCCGGCAGCAUAUGUCUAACAUGUAUAAACAGUACGAACAACAGAGAGUUGAUGACAUCUCUGAUCCUCAGGAGAGACGACAGAGACCCAUCAGCACCAUCUCUGGUCUCUCAGACAAUACACAACAACAGAAACCCCCAAAGAGUACUGUCCAAAUUACAGAAAUCACUGAAUCUAACAAUGACACUCCAGAAAUUACCCAAAAUGGCGAGUCUACUGCUGCUCCCGAUGCCAAGGAUUCAAAGCCCCAAGAACAGACCAGAGAAGCAGCUGAGGGAGAGAAUGCACCAGACUCCCAUGUAGAUGACCAAGAGAAUAAAAAUGAAAAUAAUAGUGAAGUAGAUGUAGGUGCAAUUGUUAAUGAGAUUGUUGAACAGGCUGUUGACUCAUCUGAAUCCAAAAAUCAGUCAGAGGCAUCAAAUUCUGAAAGUCCUGUGGAGGAGACUAAAGCACAGAAAAUAGAUGCCCCUGAAACAGAGGCCCCAGCACAAAGUGCACCGUCCACUAGUAACCAAGAGUCAAAUGGUCAUGGAGAAGAUCGUAAAGUCAGAGAAGAAGCAUCCAAGGGUCGUGGGGGUCAACCUAUAUUCAGUCCUGGUCCCCGAGCUCCUCCAUUUAGAAUUCCUGAAUUCCGAUGGUCAUACUUACAUCAGAAGUUAUUAUCUGAUCUUUUGUUUGCUGUAGAAACAGACAUACAAGUCUGGAAAAGUCAUAGUACACGGAAUGUGAUAGAUUUUGUAAAUUCUGGUGAGAAUCAUGUUUACGUUGUAAAUGUUACUCACAUGAUAUCACAACUAGCAGAUAAUCUGAUAACAUCGUGUGGAGGAUUAUUACCAUUAUUAGCAGCAGCAACAUCGCCAAAUGGAGAAAUAGAAAUUUUGGAACCAAAUCAAGGAUUGAGUAUUGAACAAGCUGUAUCAAUAUUACAAAGAAUUAUGUAUAUGACAGAUAUUCUGGUAUUUGCUAGUUCCACAAACUUUGCUGAACUUGAAACAGAAAAGAAUAUGCCUUCAGGUGGAAUAUUAAGACAGUGUCUUAGAUUAGUGUGUACUUCUGCAGUAAGAAAUUGCUUAGAAUGUCGCCAUCGUCACUUACCAAGGCCUCCUCAAGAACAAUCUGGAACUAUGUCACCAAAACCAGCCAAUGGUAUGGACCCAAUCCAGUCCCUAAUAGGAGGAUCACAUCCUUCAGCUAAAAAUAUUGUAGAGAAUAUGGGAAGUCAAGUGUCACCUAUAAAAGAUUUAGAGAAAUUAUUACAAGAUAUGGAUAUCAACAGAUUACGAGCUGUUGUAUAUAGAGAUGUGGAAGAAACAAAGCAAGCUCAAUUUCUGGCAUUGGCUAUUGUGUACUUUACCUCUGUGUUGAUGGUGUCUAAGUACCGAGAUAUUCUUGAACCACCAAGCCCAGCUGCCACGCCAACCAGAUCAGCAAUAAAUUCACCGUCUGCUACUAAUAUCUCAGCUUGCAAUCUGUGGCAGAAGUUAAAAAAUCCUCCUGUAACAUCACCCACGACAGAUAUUAAUAAAACAGCAUCUUCAAUUAAAACUACUGAUGACUCAGCAUCUAAAGAAACUGUGAAUAUAGCAGAGGUGAUAAAAGUGAAUGAAGAUGAUGAAGGCAGUAUAUUAGCUCACAUGGCAUGUAGCAGUAUAGGCUCAAAACAGGACGCUUCAAUUCUGCCUGUUGCUGCUGAAAAUUCAACAGUUGAUGUUGUAAAAGGGUCUUCAAGUGGUCAUGUUGAAGAUGUAGCUCAAGAGGCAAGUGAAAAUGCUGUGGAAAAAACAGUAGAUGAUGAACAGAAGAAAAUAGAAACAAAGGAUGAUUCCGAAGAAACCAAAACAGAAGAAACCAAAACAGAAGAAGCCAAACUUGAAGAAGAUGCCAAACUUGAAGAAGAUGCCAAGACAUUAUCUGUAAAUGGAGAAUCAGAUGAAAAGAAAGAAGAAUCUAAAGAAGAACCGGAAGUGGCACAAGCAGUAAAAGUUGAAGAUGUUACACUCGAUGAGAGUAAUGAUGAUGGUACCAAGGAUAAAACACCAGUCGAUCAUGAAAAGACAGAGGUGGUUAAAGCAGAAGUCAAAUCUCCAGAAGAAGAACCUGAAAUAAAACCUGCAGAAACAGAAACCAAACCAGAAAGUAAACCUACUGAUUCAGCAACAGCAGAAAUUGCAGAAAAUUCAGGAAAGGACAUAUCUGAAGGUGACAAGAGCAGUACAGAACCAUCUCAGAAAACAGAUAAUGAAAAGCAAGAAAAGACUGAAGGAUCUGAUAUCAAGAAGUUUGAACAAGAUGACUCUCCCAAAGAAGCUGUUGCAGCAUCAGAAGAAAAAGAUACUACUGAAGAUGAAAAAGACGACUCAGCAACAAUUCAACACACCAGAGAGGAUGAUCCAGAGGGUGCAGAAACUUCCAACACUGAUGCUCCUAUAGCCUCUAUUAGUAUUCAAGAUAGAACAGAAGCCAGUGCUGAUAGAGAACAUGCCUCAAAACCCACUAAAUUAGAACUGAGUAAUAACAUACCAGUUCCUGUACAUAACCUGCCCGUUUCUUUAGAUCAUGGUGAUAGUGGAACUCUGACAGAACGUCUUGAGAGAGCUUUAGGAUCAGUAGCACCAUUAUUAAGAGAAAUCUUUGUGGAUUUUGCUCCCUUUUUAUCUAAAACACUGAUCGGAUCACAUGGCCAAGAAUUGCUCAUAGGAGGUUUAGUAACAUUGAAACAAAGUCAAUCAGUUGUUGAGUUGGUCAUGUUGUUGUGUUCUCAAGAAUGGCAGAAUUCUCUACAGAAACAUGCCGGUUUGGCCUUCAUAGAAUUAGUCAAUGAAGGAAGAUUGUUAGCUCAUGCCACAAGAGAUCAUAUUGUUAGAGUAGCCAAUGAAGCAGAGUUUAUAUUAAACAGAAUGCGGGCAGAGGAUGUACAGAAACAUGCAGACUUUGAGUCAUUAUGUGCUCAGACAAUGCUAGAUCGUAAACAAGAAGAAAGAUUGUGUGAUCAUCUGAUCAUGUCUGCUAAAAGGCGAGAUCAUUCAGCAGCACUCAAACUUCGUGAAAAGAUUGUAAAUAUUUUAACGAACAAACAUGGAGCUUGGGGUGGUGGUGAAGCAGCAAAAUUAGAUUUUUGGAAGCUUGAUGUGUGGGAAGAUGAUUCUAGACGAAGACGAAGGUUACUCAGAAAUCCAUAUGGAUCAACACAUGCUGACGCUACUCUUAAGGCAGCAAUUGAACAUGGUGCCACAGAAGAUGCAAUUAAUCAAGCACGAGAUGCAGUUCAUGCUCAAGUAGCUCAGCUUAAAAAAUCUCAGAAAGAAACCACAGAUUUUACUGAUGAAGAGCUUUUAAUGGAAGAAAAGGAUUUUGAUCAAGAUUUUUCAGGUCCAGUAGCCCUAUCUACAAGUUGUACCCUAAUUGCCCCAGGUGUGACAGUUAACGGAACAAUUUCUGUAACAAAGUUGGAGUUGUAUUUUGAAAUGGAUGAAGAAGAUCCAGAAAAUAAGAAGAUUGAUCCAAAGGUUUUGGCGUAUGUGGAACAUUUACAUGGAAAAUGGAACUUCGGAGAAAUUCGAGCUGUUUUCAGCAGAAGAUAUCUGCUACAAAAUGUUGCCAUAGAAAUUUUCAUGGCUAACCGAACUGCUGUAUUUUUUGCUUUCCCUGACCAUUCAACAGUGAAGAAAGUGAUAGAGGCCUUACCUAGAGUUGGUGUGGGUAUCAAAUAUGGUUUACCUCAAGCAAGACGUAUGUCGCUGGCUUCGGGUAAACAAUUAUUUAAAUUAUCCACCAUGAUGACAAAAUGGCAGAGACGUGAGAUAUCUAACUAUGAUUAUAUCAUGUUUUUAAAUACUAUAGCAGGUAGAACUUACAAUGAUUUAAACCAAUAUCCAGUGUUUCCCUGGGUUUUGGUCAGUUAUGAUUCACAAGAACUUGAUUUAAGCCAACCUAAUAACUAUAGAGAUUUAUCUAAGCCUAUUGGUGCCCUCAAUGAAACGAGAAAGACAUAUUUUGAAGAGAGAUACGCUAGUUGGGAACACGACCAAAUUCCGCCAUUUCACUAUGGAACGCAUUAUUCUACAGCAGCUUUUACACUUAACUGGUUAAUACGAGUGGAACCAUUUACGACCAUGUUUUUGAAUUUACAAGGAGGUAAAUUUGAUCACCCUAAUCGAAUAUUUAGCUCUGUUAGUCAAUCCUGGAAAAAUUGUCAACGAGAUACGUCGGAUGUUAAGGAAUUAAUACCCGAGUUUUACUGCCUACCAGAAAUGUUUGAAAAUAGUAACAAAUUCAACCUUGGUAAACAAGAAGAUGAAACAGUAGUUGAUGACGUCCAGUUACCAGCUUGGGCCAAAUCACCACACGAUUUUGUUAGAAUAAACCGCAUGGCGCUAGAAUCCGAGUUUGUGUCCUGCCAGCUCCAUCAUUGGGUUGACCUCAUCUUUGGAUAUAAGCAAAAAGGUCCUGAAGCUGUCCGAGCGACCAAUGUAUUUUAUUAUUUAACUUAUGAAGGCAAUGUGAACUUAGAGUCCAUGACAGAUACUGUAAUGAAAGAGGCCAUUGAAAAUCAAAUACGCAGUUUUGGCCAAACGCCAGCCCAGCUGUUGGCUGAACCUCACCCACCUAGAAGCUCGGUUAUGCAUUUGCUAACAGAAAAAUACAUUGAGCGUAAAAAAUCAUCAGUUCGUCAGAGUCCAAUGAUGUUUUCUAAUAACCAAGAUGAUGUGUGUAUGAUAAUGAAAUUUUUAUCGAAUUCACCCGUGGUACACGUAGCAGCCAACACACACCCUGCAGUACCCUUACCUGCCGUCCUUACUAUUUCAUCUAAUCACAAUUUUGCUAUAAAUAAAUGGAAUUCAAAUUAUCAGCCUCAAUCAAAUACAGCCAGCUUCUCCUCAGAGAAACAGGACCCAACAGCACAGCCUCAGUUACCGUUAGCCAUGGACCAGUUACUAGUUUUACACACUGGAUUAUUCCGUCGUACAUUAGGAGACAAUUUUGACCAGAGGUUACAAGUCAGCCAGUCUAGUUUUGUUACAACGGCUGAUAACAGAUUUGUCUUUGCCAGUGGUUUCUGGGAUAAAAGUUUCCGUUUGUUUUUCUCCGAAUCUGCUAAGAUAUUACAAGUUAUCUAUGGACAUUACGAUGUGGUGACAUGUAUAGGAAGAUCAGAAUGUAAUGUUAACCAAGAUUGUUAUAUAGCAACAGGAUCAAAAGAUUGUACGGUAAUGAUCUGGAUGUUUAACUCAAAACACCAAGCGAUCAUGGGUGAUAAUGGAAGUUUAGAUACUCCUACUCCUAGGGCAACUCUAACUGGUCAUCUGUCAGAAGUUAGCUGUGUCAGUUUAUUGGCUGAAUUAGGUUUGGUUAUCAGUGGUUCUAAAGGUGGACCAUGUUUAGUUCAUACAUUAAAUGGUGAUUUAUUGAGAUCACUGGAUCCACCUAAAGUGUGUAAUACACCUCGACUUGUAACUAUAUCUCGAGAAGCCUUUAUACUUGUUAAUUUUGAUGAUGGCAGUAUUUGUAGUUUUUCUAUCAAUGGGAAAUUAUUACGUUACUUGGAUCACAAGGACCAUAUCAAUUCAAUGAUAUUGAGUCGUGAUGGUCAAUAUUUAAUGUUAGGGGGAGAUAAUGGUGUUGUAGAAGUAUGGAGGUCACAUGAUUUCACUCUAUUGUAUUCUUACCCAACCUGUGAUAGCAGUAUUCGUUCACUCGCUUUAACACAUGACCACAAGUUCCUUAUUGCUGGUCUAGCUACAGGGUGUUUAAUUGUUUUUAAUAUAGAUUUCAACAAGUGGCAUCAUGAAUAUCAAGAUAGAUAUACAUAGAUAAUAAUUGACACCAUUAAUACUAUCAUCCAGCCUAUCGCCCUAUUUGCUCAUUAUUAUUAAUUCUUAUUUUGACAAUUUAUUACAUGUCUAGUAUAAAACCUUGUGACUUAUUCACAUUAUCAAUAAUGUUUAGUAUUGUUACUCAUUAUUUUAGAAAUCAAAAUCUAGGAUGAACAAAUUAUAGCUAUUUCUUAAUCUACUAUUAUUGGAACCGAAAUGUUAUUAUUUAAGAAAUAGGCCCAAACUUUUGUUCUACAUUGAAUUUCAGUUCAGGUUUAGGGUAAAUCUGUAGAUAACUUUGCCUCUUUUUGUUAGGUGUUUAAUAUAUUUUUAUUUUUAAGAUUUCUUGGUGUAUGUAUAUAAAUAGUUGAACACAAAUCGUCCUAUAUAUAAAUACAAAAUCUAUAAAGAACAUAUCUUGGGUCAAAAAAGGAGAUAGAAUAUUUAUAGUCAAUAUACCUACAGAAUGAUAGAUUGUAGAACCUUUUUUAUGCAAAUUAUCUAACACAAAAAGGAGCUUUGUGGUUUAUUUUUGUUAGAAAAAUAGUACAGUUCAAAGAAAGAAAGGUGCAUAUUAUAUAUUGUAUGUUUUGUAUUGAGAUUUUUCACAUCUCUUGUGUGUGUAAGUAACUGACUUAUUAUCCUAAUAAGUGCACUAAUUUUUCUUUUCAUUAUCUAUAGUGAAGCAAAAUAUUUCUUAUGUGUUGUCAAACCAUAACAACUAAAUAAAUUUAUAUUUUGAUGUCGACGUAUUUCUCAUUUUGUCUAAUUUAUUUUACAAAUUAUUCAGAAUUAAAUAAAAUGUGACUAAAUUAGCUUUUCUUUGAUAGAAUUACUGGCUAUUCACUGUGUGAGAUGUGUAUGCAAAUGUUGUUGUUAAGACUUGAUUGAUAAUGUUGUAUUUGUUAUGUUUAUAUUUUGUGUUAUUUUUUAUUAGAUUUAUUAUUAUUAAUAUUAUUAUGUAUUUUGUGAUAGCAUAUGAUGAUCGAUUUAUAACAGGUUGUGUGCUAUUGUUGAUAUCAGAGUGUUGUGCUUGUAAAUGUUUUGGCUUUUACUGACAUUAAAUUUAUUCAAUAGUAAAUGUUUUUGGGCAAACGGUAAAUUUAUUACUAUUUACUUUGACAAACUUUAUACGCACUUCAACUUUAUUUUAUGAAUUUUGAUCAAAAAACGCAAAACUUAUAUCCAUAAAUUACAGCUGAAUUAAACCAUUUCUUUACUGUUAAUUUAGCAAUAUAUUAUCAAUUACUGGAAAAUUUUCGAAAUAUGGAAAGCUUAUUUAUUUAUUUUCCCUCCAUUAACAUUCCCUUUUCCAUUAUUUUAAAAGUGCUUCAAUAAUUUAUCAAUUUUUCGCCUCAUACCUUUUAAAAACAAUUGAUUGAUGUCAUUAUUGAUUCAAUACAUGAACAUACUACAUGUGUAUUCAUAAUUUUUGCAUUCCUUAUAUCUUUGAAUAAUCAGAGAGUCAAUUGCGUGAAGGUACUAUUUUUAAUACAAAUAAAUGCUAGUCAUUAAUUUUGUACAUAGAUGAAAUGUAUGUAAAAUCAGUGCUUGAUUAAAGCGAGUCACUGCAGACCAGGUUGAGUGACAACAUUAGGAAAUAUACGGAAGAACUGGCUCAUAAAUUAAAAUAUUGUGAUUUGACAAGUUAUGUUCAUUUCAAAACAUAUCCAAAGAAAACGUUUUAAAUUAGUAUGUUUAAACCAAUUAUUCUUUCUAUUACAGAUUUUUGAUUUUUAAUUCUUUACUAUCAUAAUUAUAUUAGGCUCUAUAUAAAUUUUAAAGAAUUUUAUUUAUUUAUGUUUAUUACUCUGAUCAUUCCAAACUAAAGCAAAGACAUCUAAAAAAAAUACAGUGAUUUUAAUGUUAAAGCCAUCAGUCAUAAAAUUGUAUCUGGAAUAAAAUUCUAAUACCAAGUAAUAUAUAUGUAUAUAAAGAUAGAUAAAAAAAAGUGUUGUUAUAUAUAUAUACAGAUUUUCAUUAUAUGUGCAUGGGUGUGGAUUUUAAUUAUUGUUUUUGCUUUAUUGAUGUACAAAUUGUACAUUAUAAUUAUUAUACAUAUAUAUAUACAUAAAACUAGAUCAUAUUGUCAUAAUAAAGGGGACAUUUAUAGUUA